UUAAAUUUGCUGUUUAAAUCAAAAUUUUUAAUUGAAAAUUCUUAAAGUCAAAAAAAAAACUUGCACAUGAAAAUCAAGCUGAAAAUGAAUUUAUAAUAAAACAAUAUUCUAGAUUAACGUUAAGAACUUCAUUGGACUGUUCAACUGCCAAGUUGAGAUACCUACCUCUUCAAAAUAGCAAAAUUUACCAUUUGGCAUAAUAAAGUUAAUUGAAUUAAUCAACAAUAAAAAUAGUUGUGUAAUCAUGAUUUCGAAUAUCUACGAAAAAUUGGGAAUUGCUUCCGGUGUUACUGUGCUAGAUGUAUGCAAGACUACAUACGAAGAAAUUAAAAAGGGCAAGAAACAUCGAUAUGUAAUUUUUUAUAUUCGUGACGAAAAACAAAUUGAUGUAGAGACUGUAGGUGAUCGUAACGCCGAAUAUGACCAAUUUCUUGAUGAUAUUCAAAAAUGUGGACCCGGAGAGUGUCGCUAUGGUCUGUUCGAUUUUGAGUACAUGCAUCAAUGUCAAGGCACAUGGGAAAGCUCUAAAAAACAAAAAUUAUUCUUGAUGUCAUGGUGUCCUGAUUCUGCUAAAGUUAAAAAGAAGAUGUUGUAUUCCAGUUCUUUUUUUGCUUUGAAGAAGUCCCUAGUCGGUGUUCAAAAGUACAUUCAAGCUACUGAUCUUUCUGAAGCUUCACGAGAAGCUGUGGAGGAAAAAUUGCGGGCUACUGAUCGUCAAUAAGCAUUUUGAUAAAACUUUAUCUUAUUUGUUUUUUUAUCUUUAUUUAUACAUAAUAGUAUUUUCAAUUUUUCAUAACAAUACAUUGAAGAAUAAAACUACUAGUAAACAUUCUAUUAUCAAAAUAUGAGAUAAA